ACUUCUCUCUUCCGGGUGUUGGCAGUCCGCUAACUGGGGUUGACUAGACAGUAUAGAGCUUUUGUCAAAUUUGACUUUUCGUAGCAGGUUAGGAGAAUUUACACAGCAUGUUAGGAUAAUUAACGUAGCACGUUAGGAGAAUUAGGUUAAUAUUUGGAAAAAGGUCAGAGUGAGCUAAAAUGCCAAAAUAAAUACACUUGACAAAAGCUGUAGCCUUUCUAGCCUUGACCUCUAACUGGGUGAAAGGUGAUGAGAAGCGCUGCAUACACCACGAGCGGAGCAACAACACAAACUACCGCAAGCGCCUUCCUCUACAGUCUAGUCUACAAAAUAGCCGCAACAUUAUUUUUAUUUUGAAUGGACGAGCGAAAACAACUUUUCACAUAUCGGAAUUUUCAGAAUAUCGCAAAAUACUACGGUGACAUGACCAACCAGGUGUCAGAGUUCCCCACUGAGCGGACGUUCCAGUACCAGCAUAGCCUGCCUCCUCUCCCUGUACCGUCUCUAGAGGGGAGCCUCACCAAGUACCUGGAUGCAGUGCGGCCGUUUGCUACAGAGGAGGAGUACCAGGUGACUGCAGCCGUAGUGAAGAGGUUUGGAGAGGGCAUCGGCAAAGACCUGCACCAAAAACUACUGCAGAGAGCCAGGACACGCAGGAACUGGUUGGAGGAGUGGUGGUUGGAUGCAGCCUAUCUGGAAUUGCGUUACCCCUCCCAGUUGAAUGUGAACUUCGGAGGUCCUGCACCCUACCUAGAGCACUGCUGGCCUCCUACAGAGGGAGUACAGCUACAGAGGACCAGCAUAAGCAUGUGGCACACUCUACAGUACUGGGACCUGCUUCGCACGGAGAGGCUGGACCCUCAUAAAGCUGGUAAUGUGGUGUUGGAUAUGGACCAGUUCAGAAUGCUGUUCUGUACAUGUAAAGUUCCUGGAGUCACCAAGGAUACCAUCAUCAACUACUUUAAGACAGAGAGUGAGGGUCCAUGCCCCUCCCAUGUGGUGGUGAUGUGUAAGGGGCGUUUCUUCUCGUUUGAUGCAGUGUGUGACGGAUACAUUCUUACCCCUCCAGAGCUGCUCAGGCAGCUGACCCAUGUGAAGCAGUGUUGUGAGGGGGAGCCAGCGGGAGAUGGUGUCGCCGCUCUCACCUCAGAGGAGAGGACACGCUGGGCUAAGGCCAGGGAGUAUCUGAUAGGUAUAGAUCCAGCCAAUAAGACCAUCUUAGAGAUCAUCCAGAGCAGUCUGUUUGUGGUCUCACUGGACGAUGCUAAACCCUACGCUACUGCAGAGAACUACACACCAGUGACCCGGGAAGCGCUGACAGGAGACCCCACCAUCCGCUGGGGAGACAAGUCCUACAACUCCCUCUCCUUCGCCGACGGAACCUUCGGAUCUAAUUGUGACCAUGCCCCCUACGAUGCCAUGGUGCUGGUAACUCAGGGUUACUAUGUGGAUCAGCAGCUCAAAGCUACAGACGGCAGGUGGAAGGGCUCUGAGACGGUGCGGCCUAUGCCUCUUCCUGAAGAGUUGGUCUUCACUGUGGAUGACAGAGUCAGGAGUGACGUUGCACAUGCCAAGCAACAGUACUUCGAGACUACUCAGGACUUGCAGGUGGUGUGUUAUGCGUUCACCUCGUUUGGGAAAGCAGCCAUCAAACAGAGGAAGCUCCACCCAGACACCUUCAUACAACUUGCCCUUCAACUGGCUUAUUACAGACAGCAUGGGAGGUUAGGUAGUUGCUAUGAGACAGCGAUGACCAGAAGGUUCUACCAUGGCAGGACUGAGACCAUGAGGCCCUGUACCCUGGAGGCACAGAACUGGUGCCAUACCAUGCUCCUCCCUGCAGCCAGCGCUGAGGCUAAGAGGAAAGCCCUGCUGCUGGCCUUCAACAAGCACAACAAACUGAUGGCUGAGGCACAGAACGGAAAAGGUUUUGACAGACAUCUCCUGGGCCUUUACCUGAUCGCCAAGGAGGAGGGACUUCCUAUGCCAGACCUUUUCACUGAUCCACUGUAUUCCAAGAGUGGCGGGGGCGGUAACUUUACCCUGUCCACCAGUCUGGUUGGCUACACCACAGUCCUGGGAGCGGUUGCUCCCAUGGUGCACCAUGGCUACGGGUUCUUCUACCGCAUCGGAGACGACAGGAUCGUGGCUUCCUGUACAGCGUGGAAGUCCAGUCCAGAGACAGAUGCAGAGACACUGUUCCAGAACCUGGUUACCUCCCUACAUGAGAUGUUACAUCUCGCUACCACAGCUCAGCUCUAACACACACACACACACACACACACACACACACACACACACACACACACACACACACACACACACACACACACACACACACACACACACACACACACACACACACACACACACACACACACACACACACACACACACACACACACACACACACACACACACACACAGUUUGUAGAUGGUAGUCAAUAAUAGUUUAGUUCUGCACAGAUCAAUGCAAAGGCACAUUUAUUGUUUUCUACAUUUAAAAAGGAAAAAUGUGUUAUUUGUUUAAAUGCAGCUCAACAAAUGAGUUUAUUUUGCACUUAGUGAAUCAUUCUCUGUGAUUUUAUGUAGCAGCUAGAUCGGGGAUUCCCUGUUUUCAAAAUGUAUAGAUUGAAUUUCCUACCACGAUUCUGUUUAGAUUUCAUCUGUUUUUGUGUUGUGAGAAACAUUUAGUGUUAACCCAUGCCAUGCACUGUACACCGCUAAGCUAACAUACACAUCCUAACUCUCCGUCACCAUACACCUCCACUCUGCAGUGACCAGCAUAGCAUCGCGUCACCUGUCCCUGGUCAUUAGUGAUUCAUGAAUAGUAUUCUUUUUCUAUAUUGAUUGGCUUUUCCAGAAGAGUGACUGAGGCAUAGAUGUUCUUGGUUGGUUGAAAUGACUCUUUUAGAACGUAACUGUUGUCAUAGCUGUGAAAUUGAGAAACAGAGAAACGGGUCAUGUUGUCUUUGACUACCGUCUCACCUCAGGCCCCAAGGGUAUUAUAUAAGGGCCCUACUCAAUCAAAACUGUUUUCCAGUUUCCAGUCCAGUUUCCAGGGCAAGAAAAAUGAUUGUUUUUAUGUUUUGCACAUCAGUAGAGGAUUAUGCAUUUGGCUGGAUAUGAUCAAUGAAACGGUGUUUGGGUGAGAUGGAAGGAAACCCAAGUCAAUUAUAAUGUGCCUUUUUGCUGUGUCCUUAUUUUAGUCUGUCCCCAGAGAUCUGGUUAGUGGUUUUGAUUGAAUAGCUCCCUAAUUGACCGGACUUUUUAGACUUUAAGCUGCUGAAUAGCUCUACCACUCCUAUGCCAGAUCCAUAGGCUGCCGCCCUAUGCUAUAUGCCAUUUUAUGUAGUAGAUGUCUGUAAUAAUGAACAUUCCUGUCACAAUAUACCCAUGAUACAUCACGGUUUUGAUGCUCGCGAACACGGCCAUUGUGUUCAUACCUUUCAGACAGUCUUGAGAUUUUCAGCAUGUUUUUUUGUUGUAAAUGAUAGAAAAGUGAUAAAAGAUGAGCGCUGCAUUUGAUUCACUCAACAAAAUGAAAAGAAGCUGUUUUAAUGCCUAAAGUAGUGAAAAUGAUGUAACCCACUUUACAGUAGGAAAAUUAUAGUUUUGACUUGGCUGACAAUGUAAACUUGGAAAAUGUUUUAUUGAAUAUGAAAGUUGUUUAGUGUGAUUGAACUGACAAAUCAAAGUGAUUGAAUCAUGUCAUGAGCCCAAAUAUUCAAAUAAAACAUCUUUAUUAAUGAUACCUGUUUACAUAAGGAAUAAAGUAAUGCAUACAUACAGUACA